AAGAAAACAAGCAAAGUUAUAUAUUUAUCCUUUAAAGAAUCGUACCCCCUGUACUAGACUUUUCUCACCAGCUUUUCAUUUUCGCGUAUUUACCGAUAACCAUUUGGAAAAAAAAAGAAUGCCUCAAUCUUCCUGUUUAUGCGGCAAAAAUCGCAUCGAAUUUAACGCGGAGCCUGUUCUCAAAUUCAUGUGUCACUGCACAGAUGAACGCAAGCUAACCGGUGCCGCUUUCGCACUCAAUAUCCUUUACCCCUCGAAUACACUCCAGGUCAUCUCCGGCAAGCUCCAGACAUUUACCAAAGUCGCCGACUCCGGCAAUGAGAUUACGAGCUAUAGUUGCGCAAGUUGUGGUGGGUUGCUGUACCGGACCAGCACCGGGUAUCCUGGCACCAUGGUGAUCAAGGCUGGACUUAUUGAUGGAUCGGAUGAAAGCGAAGCGUUUAAACCCGAGGUAGAGCUCUUUACCAACAGCCGCCUGACUUGGCUUCGUCCGGUGGAGGGUGCAAAGCAGGAGCCCAGGGAUUUCGGGUCUUCGGAACUGUGACGUGCGCAUGUCAGUUAGUUUAUACGCAAUGUCUUACUCAAUAUACAAGAACUGGGUGUGAUCCAGAGUAAAAAAGCGCUAGGCACAGAUAAACACGUUAGUACAUUGAAUACAUCCUAGCUUCAAGAUGUUUGGC